CCUGAACGAAACUCGUGCGAAAAAUUUGUCCAUCAGUUUUGUUGGUGAUUCCAUAAGCGAUAGUUUGCUGUGUUGUCAAAAUUUUUGUAUAUUUAAGAUAGAAUAUUACACAAAAACCUGUCUUAUUGAAAUUAAAGUAUCUUUUUAUGAACAAAAGUUGUCAAACACGAAGUAGACGCAGUGUGCAAAAAGACUGCGAAGUGAGUAGAAAGUGUGUGAGAUCAUCAACCGGUGAAGGGAAAACUGGAAAACCCCAAACGAGAAAAUUUGGCGUCCUAAACAGCUGACAACGACGAAAGCGGUGUCGGUGGUGCAGGUGACGGUGACGGUGACGGCGAACCCAGACGACAUGCCGUUGUCGACAAUUAUGCUGCAGCAACAACCAUAAGACAUACUUCUAACAUUAGUCAUAAGUAAAGCAAUACCAAAGAAGGCAACGAUAAGGUACACGAAAGAAAAAGGAAAAACUUCCAAAAAUAAAAAAUCUACACUGAUAAGUAUUUGUGAAGCAUUGUUGCAGAGCAAUUUUAUUUGGCGAAAGUCAAAAGGAAGACGACCGCCACCAACAUGUCGGCCUCGUCACUGUCUUUGUCUGAGUCGCAAAAGGUGGUGGAUGGCAGCAAUGCAGUAGGAGGAGAUGGCGGUGUACGGGAGUUCGUCGAAGGUUGGACACUUGCGCAAACACUUGGCGAGGGUGCCUACGGCGAAGUAAAAUUGUUGAUUAAUCGCCAAACCGGCGAAGCUGUUGCUAUGAAAAUGGUCGAUUUGAAAAAACACCCGGAUGCUAUGCUCUCCGUACGCAAAGAAGUUUGCAUACAAAAGCUUUUACAAGAUAAACAUAUUCUUCGUUAUUUCGGUAAACGUUCGCACGAUGAUGUGGAAUAUUUGUUUUUGGAGUAUGCAGCCGGCGGUGAAUUGUUUGACAGAAUUGAACCCGAUGUGGGUAUGCCACAACAUGAAGCUCAAAGAUAUUUCCUUCAACUACUCUCCGGCGUACAGUAUUUGCAUCAGCAUGGCAUUGCGCAUCGUGAUUUGAAGCCAGAAAAUCUGCUGUUGGAUGAACAUGACAAUAUAAAAAUAUCCGAUUUCGGCAUGGCAACAAUGUUUAGAUAUAAAGGCAAAGAACGCUUGCUGGACACCCGCUGCGGCACAUUGCCAUAUGUUGCGCCCGAAGUGCUUAUAAAACCCUAUCAUGCACAACCCGCCGAUAUAUGGUCCUGCGGCAUUAUACUGGUCACUAUGCUGGCUGGUGAACUUGCCUGGGAUCAACCAUCUACGAAUUGCCAAGAGUUCGCAAACUGGUCCAAUAACGAACGCUGGUCCACACAAACGCCUUGGAGCAAACUGGAUACACUGGCGAUCUCAUUGCUACGCAAAGUAUUAUCUACAAAUCCGACAUAUCGGCUGACAUUGGAGAAAAUUCUCGAUCACAAAUGGUGUAACAUGCAGUUCAAUGAGAAUGAACAUUCACGCGAUCUGGUCGACUCAGCUGCCGCACUUGACAUACACUCACCGAAGGCGAAACGGCCGCGACAGCAAUCGAGCAACCAUCGUCUCACAAAUCACUUUGUCGAUGAUACAAUAUCGCGUAAUUACUGCUCACAGCCAAUGCCCACAAUACCCGCAGACUUAACGGAUGGCUGCAGUGCGCCUGGCGGCGCUGCCGGUAAUAACAACCCUGCGGCUGCACAGGAAGCCCGUUUCAAUUUCUGUUUCUCACAACCUGCCCUACUGGACGACCUGCUCGUGUGUACGCAAAUGAACCAAACCCAAUCGGCGUCACAGAAUGUUUUCCAUCGUUUGGUGCGUCGUAUGACGCGCUUCUUUGUCACCACACGCUGGGAUGAUACCAUUAAACGGCUAGUGGCAACCAUCGAAAGACUGGGCUUCGGCUGCAAAGUGGGCGAUGGUGGUGUAGUGACCAUAUCGACUGUUGAUCGGCGGAAGCUGCGUUUGGUCUUCAAGGCGUACAUCAUUGAGAUGGAUGGCAAGAUAUUAGUAGACUUCCGUCUCUCUAAAGGCUGUGGAUUGGAAUUUAAGCGUCGCUUUAUUAAAAUUAAAGAAUCCCUUGAGGAUAUUGUGUUGAGAGGACCGACGACGUGGCCCAUUGCGAUCGCAACAAAUACUGUGCCUUAAAGAAGAAGUAUGCGGGUAUAUACAUACAAAUGUAGUUGACAGUUACAAGACACAAUUUUAGAAUAAGUUUUUUUAUGUACUUUAUUCCAAAGUCGAAUUUCCUAAACAAAUGUAUACAAAGAAAAUAUGUAUUCGAGAUAUAUUUAUAUUAAUGUUAUCGCCUCACUCAUUUAUUAUAUAUGUACGUCGCAUUAUUAUUAUCAUAAUUGUUUUCCCCCAUAUCCUUAUUGAAUUUCAUUGACGCAUAGUUUUAGUCACUGACUUAGUUUCAUUUUUGGGCUGUAUUAAUUUAUUAAAAGAAACGAGAAUCUGAGAAAUGUUCAUAUACACAUUUUAUUAAAAAGAUUAGCAAAAGAAAAUAUAAUAAUUGCUGAGAAAUGAGCAAAUUAAAAAUGAA